UGCCGUGCAGACGGUCGGGGGGACGUUUUUCACCGUCCUGGAAAUUUUCGACAGCUCCAGCUCGACAUGACGGCCCAAGAGGACAAUAACAUUUAGGGCGGCGAGGGCACUGCAAACAGUGCAAGGACAAUGGCCAACACAGCUCACUUGGUACGUCGUCAGAGCUCGCGUGAUCUCAAUCCCCAACGAUCGCUCGACCGUCUGGAGCUCAAGGAAAUGAGGGGGAGGCUGGUUGUCGAAAAUGGAAGCGGCGGAAGCAAACUAUACGGAGCAACAAAUGCGGCAUUCGAGGACUCGAGCCCUUCGGCCAAGAUCAAAUCGACGGGCAGCAGCAAGAGGCCGUCGCAGGACGGCAAGGCGAUCUUCAAGCCGGAAUGUGGCGAAGACGAAAGGGAAUCGUGGGACAGUAAAUUAACAUUUUUGUUGGCGACCGUUGGUUACGCCGUCGGUUUGGGUAACGUAUGGAGGUUUCCGUAUUUGGCUCAAAAGAACGGCGGAGGGGCAUUUUUAAUUCCGUACUUCGUGAUGUUGUGCAUCGAAGGGAUUCCGAUUUUUUAUCUGGAACUGGCGAUCGGACAGAGGCUAAGGAAGGGCGCCAUUGGAGUUUGGAAUCAAGUCUCGCCGUAUCUUUCUGGUAUCGGAAUCAGCAGCGCAGUUGUUUCGUUCAAUGUGGCCCUGUAUUAUAAUACAAUUAUUGCCUGGUGCCUGUUUUACUUCGCGCAGAGUUUCCAGGCCCAAUUGCCCUGGGCAGAAUGUCCUAAUGUAUAUUUCCCGAACGGCAGCUACACGACGGAGCCGGAGUGUGUGGUCAGCAGCCCCACCCAAUAUUUCUGGUACAGAACAACACUGAUGGUCUCCGAAGACAUAAACCACCCAGAAGCGUUCAACUGGAAGAUCGGUCUGGCGUUGGUCGUCGCCUGGAUCCUGGUGUACAUGUGCAUGAUCAAAGGGAUCGCGUCGUCAGGCAAAGUGGUCUACGUGACGGCCACCUUCCCCUACAUCGUUCUGAUCGUGUUCUUCUUCAGGGGCAUUACAUUGAAGGGGGCGGGUGACGGUUUGCGGCAUCUGUUUACGCCCACCUGGCACACGAUCCUCGAUCCGGUCGUGUGGCUCGAGGCCGGCACUCAGAUCUUCUUCUCCCUCGGAUUGGCGUUCGGGGGACUGAUCGCGUUCUCCUCCUACAAUCCGGUGAACAAUAACUGUUACAGAGACGCCGUCAUGGUUUCGAUGACGAACUGCUUCACCUCGAUGUUCGCAGGGAUCGUUGUCUUUUCGAUUAUCGGUUUCAAAGCGACGAUGGUGUACGAGAAAUGCUUGGAGACGAGGAACGCCACUUUGGGGGAGCUGUUUGCGGGGGUGGCGCUGGAUUAUGACGCGCUGCCGCCGGAAGGGAGCCUUUUCAAUGUUACGCUGAGCGAUGGAUCUAUUAGGAAUUAUCUGAUGCCUUCUCUGCCAAUUUGUGACUUAGAACAGGAACUGGAUAAAUCAGCCUCCGGCACCGGAUUAGCGUUCAUAAUAUUCACCGAGGCGAUAAAUCAAUUUCCCGGCGCCCAGUUUUGGGCCGUGCUAUUUUUUCUCAUGCUCUUCACGCUGGGUAUCGAUUCUCAGUUUGGAACGCUCGAAGGAGUGGUCACCUCGAUCGUGGACAUGAAACUGUUCCCCAACCUCCCCAAGGAAAUUCUUACCGGAGGAUUGUGUCUGAGUUGCUGCAUAAUUUCCAUGGCCUUCGCCCACGGUGCCGGUAGUUACGUGUUCGUGCUGUUCGACAAUUUCAGUGGCAACUUUCCAUUGCUCAUCAUAGCCUUAUUCGAAUGCAUUGGUGUCUCAUACGUUUACGGAUUGAAAAGAUUUGCUGAUGACAUAGAAAUGAUGACCGGUUCGCGGCCAGGACUCUAUUGGAUGGUCUGUUGGAAGUACCUUUCGCCUUUGGCCAUGAUCUCGAUUUUAGUGGCAAGUUUUGUCGAGAUAGCGGUAGAUGGAUCGGGGUACGAUGCCUGGAUAGCAAGCAAAGGAGAGACUGAACGUAAGGAGUGGCCUACUUGGGCAAUCAUCCUGAUCUUGUUCUCAGUUUUCGUUUCCGUUCUUUGGAUUCCUGGCGCCGCAAUUUUAAGACUAAUGGGUUCAGCGUUGAUUUAUGAUGAGGAAAAAGCCUGGUUCCCUGCAAACGAUUUGAAAGACUUCCACGGAAUAAUGCCUCAUGAAGUAACAGCAGCUGAAACACUAUUGUUUUGUAUAAGAGCUGAUGGUUCCGAAGGUCUUUGCUGUCCGACAUAUCACACAUAUGAUGAGGAUGAUUUCGAUGAAGAUAACUGAAGACAAUAAUUAAUUGAUUAGUUUUAGAAAUUCGUUAGAAAACCAUUCGACAAUAACUAGAUGGAACUGAAAGACACAAAAUAGACUGAAUACAAGCAAAAGAAUCGUAGGUUCUAGUAGAUGUAUUACGUAGUUGUUGUAAAUCGUCUACAGGGUGUUCAGUUCACGGAACUAGAUAACUCAAUAAUAAGCCAUGAAUGAUUAUCUAACGAGCCAUGUUGUAACUUUUAGUUUAGAGUAGGUUUCUAGCGACUUUAGCCAACAUCUCUUUACUAUUGAAGAUUAUAAAUUAUUUUUUUAUUAGUUUAAAGAAGUCUUAGCCAAAAAUGACAAUAAAUAUUCAUCUACACCUAAAAUUUUAUAUAUUCAAAGUGUUCAAGGUUUAAAAACUUUCAGUUUGCUGAUGAAAAUGUGAUAUAAGUAACCGCACAAAAGAAAGUGUUAAAAAAGUACAGCGAAAUUAGUUGGAUGUUUUACAACUGUAUUGAUAAGAAUUCCAUUCCAUUGAACUUAUACAAGCCCUCCAGUAAAAGAAAUUGUCCGAGAUUAUGCUCGUUUUCAUAAGUAUGACAAUAAGGAUUCACAAGUUGUGACAAUAUCGUAUUAUAUAAAAUGUAGAGACAAUUUUAUGAAAUUUUGAAAACGUUUAUGUGAAAGUUUUCGUUUGUGCCUAAAAUUUGUAUUCGUGUGUGUGCUUCAAAUAUUUAUAUUAAUAUAUUGUAAAACAUAUUGUAAAUGUGCUUCCGCAUAACAAAAAAUGUUACAGGAACAUAUUUUACAAAAAUGUCCGUUUUAUCUUUGAAAAGAAUUUAAUUAUCACAUAUCACCAGAUAUGAUAUCUCUUUUUAGAGUCAACCAAUACAUAUGUAUGUCUCAGAUGUUAGUGAUAUUCAAUAAUAAAAGGCCAUAUCUUCAUAAGAACAUAUCCGUUUUGCUCUAGUUCAAAACCAGUAAACUGGUUAUUUCAAAUGUUAUCAUGUCAGAUUUACCUAAAUUGUUUUAUUCUACGCCUAAUAUAGAGCAUUUAGAGAGUGAGAUUAUUAAACUUUUGGUCAAAAUAAAAUGUUUAUUAAUUUCGUUUUUGCAUACAAUAGUCAAUUUACAAUUUUAGACAAUAAUUUCCGAGUAUUUAAUGUAAAUGUAGAUUAGAUUUAAGGUGUUGAAUUGCCGACAUUUUUAACUACAACAAAAUUAAGACAAUAAAAAACUUAUGAUAUUGUAAUAAAUGAGUAUUUAUUUAGGUGAAAUUAAUGUUCAGUUUGUAUAUUUAGACAAUUGUUAUAACACGUCUUAUACUGUAUAAAUGUAUAAAAUCUAUUGUAAAUAAUGGAACUGUUAUAAGUGGAAUAAAUAAUUCAAGUUAAAUAUUAUCUAUUUUUUUUACUUAACCACUUGUCAUUUCUUUAUACGUCAAUUAUAUUUUAACAUAUUGAAAUUGCGUUUAACGGUUUCAAACAUGCUUUUGUUUCUCUUAUCUACUUAUGAAACUCAAUCCGUCCAAACAGAUAUAGAUAAUGAAACGUAUCCUGAUAUACCAAUUACUUAUGUGCUGCUUGGGUCGAUGUUACUUAUUGUAUUCGUUUUCACAUGUUGCUAUCUUUAUGUACGCGAACAUUAAUAAUCAACUGUUAAAUGUAAUUCAUGACAUAUACAAAUGAAUUUUACAAUUGACCAUUUAUUAGAAAUUUUUUUAUGUCAAAAUUGACAAUUGGACUCAAAAUUCUCAGUGCGAUGGUAUGUAAAAUGGACCCGAAUCAGAAAGUUAAAGUUAAAGUAGAUCAAGACUUAACAGUUGUAGAACUCAUUGCUGUUACUGUUGGAGUUACCGUAUUGGCAAUUUGUCUCUGCUGUCACAAAUGAAUUUACAAAGAUCAUUCUGAAGAAUUAUCAUGGAGUAUUAUAAGUUGAUGGGUAAUUACAGAAGACAAUCUACAACAAAACAAGAAAAUGUCCCUGCUGUUUUACUGGUUUUGUGGUUUCACUAAAAUAUGUACAUACUGUUAAUUAAAUGUGUUGUGUAGUAUUGA